CAUAGAUUCCGAUAGUCUUUUUGGUACCUUGAGCGAGUAAUGAGAAAUAAUAUUUUCCGUUUUACUUCUACUUCAGACACUGAAAGCUUGAACGUUUCCUCCUCAUCUCACGAGUACGAUUACACACAGUACCGUACGUACUGAAUACUACUUCUUCUACAACAGUAGCGUCAAAAGAUAUCGUCAUAAAUCUUGUUCUCGAGCAGCACAAUAAAGUAGAGACGAUCUCCAGACCAGUAUAAUUUGAAUUGUUACAGAACAAAAGGUAAUUACAAAAUGGGGAAGAGCUCAUUUGUUUUCCUCAAGGACCCUGAAUAUGCCUGGAUUCCGGCAAAGCUGCUCCGAUCAAGCGGUAACGUUGCCGACGUUGAAAUUCCUCAGUAUGCAGACGAACAAAGCACCAUCUGCGAUGGCGGAAGAAGUGCGAAGAAGACCAUCCAGGCGGAGGUAGACCUCAAACAGUACAAUCGAGGUGUGCUGCCGAUGCAAAACGUAGAUGAAAACGGCAAAAUGACCGUCUUCCCUGAUAUGGUUGAGCUCCCUUUCUUGCACGAAGUAAGUCAUAGAUUCAGUCUUACGUUUUUUACCGAGAUUUCUGUCUUUUUUAAUGUCUAGAAAGAUUCAAUAGCUGACAUUUAUUCAAUAUGAUACUCUCUGUUAAUCAAUGUUUCAAUGCAACCAGGCUGCCAUCCUUUACAACAUGAAGAGACGUCAUUUGGACGAUUUUCCGUACACCCGAACAGGUGAUAUUAUUAUCGCUGUGAAUCCGUUUCAGUGGUUUACUCACAUUUACACCGAGAAGGUCCGGGCUGACUAUGCCAACAAGCUUGUAUGGGAAGAUCACGAGGGGGAUCCUAGAAAGCUUGUCGAUCCUCACGUUUACGAGGUUUCUUCUCUUUCGUUUAAAGGGCUUGCUUUUGGAAGAAAAGAUCAGUCUAUUCUUGUCUCUGGUGAAUCAGGUGCGGGGAAGACAGAGACUGUGAAAAUUGCUAUGAAUCACAUCGCAAGUGUUCAGAGAGGAAAGGUUGCAUCAAGUGGCGAAGCCUUUUCCGAUCCCGUUGUGAAUCGUGUUUUGGAAUCUGGUCCGCUCCUUGAAGCAUUUGGUAAUGCCAAGACCAGACGAAAUGAUAACUCGAGUCGUUUCGGAAAAUACACCCAGCUUCAGUUUGACCAAUCCGCUGGUGGGGCAUUGACGAAGAAGGAAGAUGUCAAAUGCAAGCUUGCUGGAAGCGUCUGUGAUGUCUACUUGUUGGAGAAAAAUCGUAUCACCUACCACGAUUCCGCUGAAAGAACUUAUCAUGUCUUCUACCAGCUCGUUGCCGCACCCGAUUCGCAGAAGGCCGGAUUCUGGUCUGGUUUGAAGGGAACUACAAACGAAUCCUUUCGAUACAUAGGAACAGCCUGCACGGACACCAUCGAAGGCAUGAAAGAUGGAGAACACUGGAAGCGGACAGUGGAUAUCUUGGAGCAGAUUGGUGUGAAGGGAGACAAGUUGCACAGUUUAUUUGAAGCGAUUACUAUUGUCUUGCAACUUGGUAACCUUUCAUUUAUGAAAGAUCCUAGUGAUGACGACAAGUCUGUAGUUCGGGACAAGAAGGAGUUUGGAGCUCUUGCAGGCCUGAUGGGUGUAACAGAGCAAGAUUUGAUUAACUGUCUGACCGAACGAACCAUGAAGACAAGAACGGAAAGCUAUAAGGUCCCUUUGAAUGCGGAUGCGGCACAAGAUGCUGCUGAUGCUUUUGCGAAAGAAAUCUAUGCAAAGAGUUUUUUGUGGCUUGUUCGCGCGAUCAACGAUGCCACCUGCGCUGAAAACAACUUUGAGGGAGGUGGAAAAACAGAGUUUGGUAUUAUUGGUCUUCUUGAUAUUUUUGGCUUUGAAUCCUUUGUUCGAAAUCGAUUUGAGCAGCUAUGUAUCAACUACUGUAAUGAGAAACUACAAGCCAAGUUCACUGUGGAUAUCUUCAGAUCGGUCCAAGAGGAGUAUGAAUAUGAAGGAAUUCCUCUUGACGAGAUCAAGUUUGAUGACAACACAGAUGUCCUAGACUUGAUUGAAGGGAAGACUGGUCUGCUCAGUAUGCUUAACGAGGAAUGCGUGCGUCCAAAGGGCUCCGACGAAGCCUUCGUCCAAAAGGCGUUUGCGGCCAACAAGAAGACGCCGUGUUUGAUUGUUUCCAAAAUGAACAGGAAAGAGUUUGGAAUCCAUCACUAUGCAGGAAAGGUCAUGUACGAUUCAGAAGGCUUUGUUGACAGUAACAAGGAUACUCUGCCUGCUGAUUUGUUUGACUGUGCGCUAAACUGCAAGAAUGAAAUUGUUUCAAAGCACUUGACUACCGAUAAAUGCUCGAACCUUCCCGAGAAACAGUUAGCUGCGCCUAAACCUAAGAAGGGUCCUCCAAGGCGAGCGAAGUCGAAUCUUGUCGCACCAACUGCUUGGAGUAAGUACAAGGGUCAGUUGGUCAAGCUUAUGACUAUGCUUGGUCAGACCAACUCCAGAUACAUCCGCUGUAUCAAACCCAAUGCUGCAAAGGUUCCUAGUAUUAUGCAGCAUGUGAGCACCAUCGAACAGCUUCGAUGUGCCGGUGUUGUCGCUGCUGUAACCCUCUCUCGUUCAGCCUUUCCCAAUCGUAUCGAAAACAAGACUGCCAAGUUCAAAUUUGCUUCCAUGUGGGAACGAAGUAGGUUUCCAUCCAAAGGAACAGAUGAUAUGGAAGAAGCCGAAAAACUCAAGCAUGAUUGCACGGCUCUUUUGACUUGUGCUCUGAAGGAUUUCAAGUCCAAUGAAAAAGGAAGCAUUUUCGUCGUUGGUAAAACACGAUCUUACUUCCGAAUGGGAGCUCUUGAAUAUCUCGAAGCUAACCGCACCAAAGAAAUGGGAUCGCAAGUGGUUUCGAUUCAACGUUUCAUCCGUGGCUGGUUCAUUCGUAAAGAAUUCGAACAAGCUGAUAAUAAGCGAAGAAAGGCCGUUGCGAAAAUCCAAAAAUGGUACCAAACGGUCACGAAGGAGAUAGAGGCUGCAGCGAGAAACGCUAAAGCCAAAGCAGAACAAAAGGCGAGAGAAGAACGUGAACGUAUUGCGAGAGAAAAGGCCGAAGCGAAAGCCAAGAAAGCUCUUGAACUCCGCCUCGCGAAAGAGAAGGCCGAGCGCGAGGCACGACUCGCCAGAGAAAAAGCGGAAGAAGAGGAACGCGAACGCAGAGAAAAAGCCGAGGCGGAGAAGAGAAGAAAGAGAGAAGAAGAAGCUGUCGUUAAGUUCGCCAAGGAGAAGGAGAAGAAGAUCAAGAAAUUCAAGAAGGACAUCAAAACUCAAGAAAAAGAACUCGAUGACAAGGAAGCGGUAUGGGCUGCCGAGAUCAACCAUCUGGAAAAACGAUGUGAGGAAGCCGAAAAAGCUCGCGAUGACGUGUUGGAGCAGAUUGCCAAGGAAGAAGCAAAACUUGCAGCUAUGCCAACGCUCUCCGAUGGCGACAAGAAGAAGCUAGCGGACAGUGCUGAGAUCACCGGUCUCCUAAGAAAGGAAAACAAAAGGUUGCGCGCUUCUACGACUCAGUUGCGAAAAGACUACGAUACAAUGCAAGAAAACAACAAGCGUUUGCUGGAAGCAAAUGCACUUGCUGGUGCCUCCUUCGAGGCGAUGAAUGAAGCGUCGAAGAAGGCUAACAACACCAACUCACAGUUCUUGAAGAAUUUAGAGAAGUACAAGAAGCAAAACUCGAAGCUGAAGGAAGAUAUGAGGAUGCGAUCAGCUUAUUACGAUGCCGAAGCUAAGAUUCGCAGAAACUACCAAAAAUCGUUGGCUCAUAUCAUGGAAAUCAUUCAAGAUCAAUGUGAAGAUGCCCAACUUGUUGAGGAUAUUCUUGUCCUUGCUUUGGAGUGUGAGUCUGAAGCAAAGAGUGAGUUGGCUGCUGCCGAAGCAGAGAAAGCUCAAUACCGCCGUUGAGUUGCCAGUGAGAAAUUAUAUACAUACAAAAUAAUGCAAUAUUGAUUAAACGGAUGCAUUUAAC